AACCGCUACUGUAUAUAAUUUUACUUUUUUUUUUUCUAUUUAUUUAUAUCACCGGUGCAAGUUUUUGAGCACACUUGUUGCCAACGCAGUUAUCUGAGUGGUCGAAUCUGUUUAUGCAAAAGACUAAAAUAAAAUUUAAAAAAUAAAAUAAAAUAAAGGGGACACAACACAAUGUAACUCCAAGUCAAUCAAACAUCUGUGAAAUCAAACUGCCCACUUAGCAACACUGAUUGAAAAUCAGUAGUACAUCAGGAGAUGUGGAGGAGGCCGUAGGAGGGCAACAAUCCAGCAACAGGACCUACCUCCACCUUUGUGCAAGGUGGAACAGGAGGAACACUGUCAGAGCCUGCAAAAUGACCGCCAGCAGGCCACAAAUGUGCAUGUGUCUGCUCAAACGGUCAGAAAGAGACUCCAUGAGGGUGGCGUGAGGACCUGAUGUCCACAUGUGGGGGUUACACCCCAACGAUGUGCAGGAUGAUUGGCAUUUUCCAGAGAACACCAAGAUUGGCAGCUUCAGCACUGGUGCCCUGUGCUCUUCUCAGAUGAAAGCAGGUUCAUACUGAGCACAUGUCACAGAAUCUGGAGGCGCUGUGGUGCCUGCAACAUCCUCCAGCAUGACCGGUUUGGCAGUGGGUCAGUAAUGGUGUGGGGUGGCACUUCUUUGGGGGGGCCCACAGCCCUCCCAAAGAAAUGCCAGAGGUAGCCUGACUGCCAUUAGGUACACAGGAAAAUGGAGAGAGUAAUUUUUCCAGAGUUAACAUCAUUUUCAUCUAAAAGAGUCAUUAUUGCACGUUUUGGAACCUAAUCACUUCAAUUGUCCGCUAGAGUUGGAGUCAAAAAACAGAGGAAAUUCUAUUGGAGUAAUAUAGAAAGACCACGCCCAUUUUCGUUCCUUAAGUUUCGUUUCUGCCGCCAUUUUCUUAUCCCGCAGUGGAACAGAGGCGACUGUCAGCAUAAGCCAGGAUGCAAGCUGUGCGUGUAAAGUAUAGAGAACAACAAAAGUACAUCUGUUUUGAGGGCCAACUGACCUACACAUCGUUUUUGGAAUGUGUUGCCAAGAAGUUUAACAUUCCAAACUUGGACUUCAAAGUUCUUGAUGACUCAAAGACUGAAGUUGAUGAGGAUGUUUUUGAUUUCCUUAUGAAAAAACAAAACCUUGGUGUGCUAGAGAUUUGUCAAGCACAAGGUCCAAAUCCAGAUGAUUCUUCAAGCACCUCCUUUACCAGUUCCAGUGGAGAAAUUGAAGUGGACUCUGAUGACACCAUAUUAUUGCAACACAGUCCUACAACAAGACGGAGAGCUGACGACACUUCUCUUGCCCGAAUGGUUGAAGAUGUUCUAAAGAACAAACCAGGAGGAGAGAGGAUCAUCAAUGAGUAUGCCCGGACAAAAAGCCUAACGGAUAGCAGACGGCGUGACAUGGUCAAGAUAUUAGUUGCACAAAUGACAAGUGAACAUGGGACAAGUCCUUCAAGACGUGUCAAAGAGAACUAUGCAAAGGGUAUCAUCACGUUGUUCCCAUACCUGGCUGAUCCUAGGAGCAGGUUGGGCUAUGAGCAUUUUUACAAUGCAGAAGAUGGGAGUGGGUAUCUGGCUUGGAGAUUGAAGUUUAUCCAAAAGGAAGCUUCUAAUGGACAAAACAAGACUCCCAGAAUGUCAAAAACGCAAAUGGGGGGCCCAACAUCUGAUAGAGACUGUUUCAGAGAAGACAACUGCCUAAUGACAGACAGCUUGUGUUCUGAGGCUAUUGCGUUGAUGAAACAUACAGCUGAUGAAGGAAUUGUUAUGAUGAAGAUGAAGCAGACCUUCAACUAUCGCCAAAAGAUGAUUCAUGAUCCAGUGAAGUCAUCUGAUAUCUUUUUGGACUUCCCAAGAUUCCUGGAUAUAGGAGGAUUAAUUGAGCAAGAUUUUACUUUGAUGUUCGAUGAAGCCACCUCUGCGAAGUUCCUGGAGAAGUGGCCCACUGUCUACAAGCAGAAAGUGCUCGAACAAAGCCGUGGUCUCACGCAGUCAGAUGACCUUCAGUACCUUGCGCAAAAUGCUGAAUGCACAAUAGAAGUGGAAAAUGGAUGGGACGGUGAUAUGUCAUACAUUUUGAUCCUUGUACACCUGUUACCACCGUCACCUCAUGGCCGCAAGAGACCAGGAAAGCUCUCAGCCAGACAAGCCUGUGAGCAUCUUGUCAAGUUCAUCAAGACGGGAACUAGCAUCCAGGGGCAUCUCGAUGGCAUCACGGAGAGCCUUCAACCAUACCUUCUUGCAGUGGGCACUCAGAGGAGUGUAAUUCACAAGUACUUCGUUGUGAUAGACAAACAUGCAGUACCUUGUAAGUCACCAGGCUCUCUUGCUUGUUUUGAUGAGCUUUUCAAAGCUCACUUUGUCUUUGGUACGUCAUAUGACCACGAUCUGGUCAAUAUGUACAACUUCCUGCAGACCGCCAUUUACGAGAUAGAUGUUGAUACAACCAAAGUGAAUCCUAGGGCUGCAGAGUUGAGGGCUCGGAUGCUGCGUUGAAUAUAUUUUUAUUCUACUAAGGGUGUUGAGCUGGAAUGUUUUGUUUCAUUUGCAAGAGGUCCCAGUCAAAUGCUAAUUCCUUGAUAAAGAAUUCAAAGUGAUCCAACCACAACUUCUUUAAGAAAAAAUUGAAAAGUUUCAAAAAUGUAACUAAAACAUUGGCAAUAAAACAUCAAAGUCAUAUUGCUUUCAUUUGGCGGGUGUUUGACCCUAUGCUUUCUUUAAAUGCAUUGGACUGGGGCUGUAAGAUAGCAGAGACUCUUCAGCUCAACACCAAGAUGUUAAAUGUUAGAUGGGCAAAACACCAUGGAAAUAUUUACCGUUCAGAUUUAGUUGUUUGUUUAAAACUCCAUUGUGAAAUGCCAGUUUUUCACAAGAUCUGCCAUGUUGUUGUGAAGGAUGAGAGGUUAUUGUUGAUUACAAUUUGCACUGCAAACAGUGUGUCUGAAUGAGCAUUUUAAUGCUUUUCAAGUUUUGUGUACAAGAGACGGACCUCAUGUAAUUUGUGUUGAAGAGCUUUUCUGUUGUAAAGCAUUUGAUUUACAGGUGUCAUACAGUGAUAGUGAUUCCAGUUUUUUUUUAUUGUACCAUACUGUUUCCUGUGAACAAUAAA